CUUCCAUAUACUUUAAAAGGGUGCAUUAUGAUGGUAUGUGAAUUAUAUCCCAAUAAAGCUGUUCUAACAACCAGCUUUUUUAUCUGUAAGACAAUCUUCAAAAUUAACCUCAGAAGAAGGACACUGCCGGGGGAGGGGGGAGCUCCUCACACCACUUAACAUUUCAAGGAUUGUAUUCGUCUUCUCUUCAUUUGAGUCCUGGCUUUAAAACAAGUCUGCCCUGCAUGGUCAGGGUCAGAUCUCUCUGGCUGGUUGCCCAGAUGACCGAGAUUCUGAAUGGUUUCUUUGUUCUGUAGAUUUAUCAUUUCAAAAAUGAACCUAUUUUUCUGUGUCUCCGAAGCUGAGGAAUAGAGAUGCCGGGGGUCAGCAAAUGGUCGUAGAAAGCCACUUAAUCUGCAGACCAGCUGGAUGUCAGAAGGCUUUGCUCUAUGGGCCUCUUGUUCCUUGGAGGCUUUGUUGCUGAUAGGUGGGCAGGCGGCUCGCAGGCCUGGCGGAGUCACGUCCUGCUUGCAGAGGCCUCUGUGCUGGGUUCUGCAGGCAGGUGACGCCCGACCACGAGCCCUGUCUCUGUAAGCCUCCAAUUCCUCGUCAGGGGAACCAGAGAGACGUCAGCCUCCUCACCCAGGGUGGCCGCGCCAGAUCGUGGCCGUGCGCCUGUUCUGUGAAUGCUGAGGGUGUGCACCGGGGCACGGUCUUGGGGUCGCACACUUGGGGUGGCUCCAGAGGACGUGGUUGUAAGGGCAGAAGGAUGAGGACUGAAGGGAGGAAAGGGCCGUGGACGUAGUGGGUGUGGGGUCAGGAUGGAAGGUGGUAGAGCUGAUGGUUGGAAGUCUGCAGUAACAAGGGGUGUUCGACGCCCAGCCAGCAGCCUCUGCCCUAACAGCCGACGCGCCUGGUGUGCUGCUGGGGCCGCCUCGGUCAGACAGCGGGCAGCUGGCCCACCCCGCGUGGAAAUGCUGGCAAAGGCGACGGAGGAGCCCGCCCUGCUCUGCUCUCAGCUUCCCUCAGAUCAGCCUUUCCUACGUGUUCUGGAUUCUCGAGCAUCCUUUACAGCAGCUCCUAUUCUCACAAAGCCCCUCAGGGAUUAAAAGAAAGAAAUCAUUUCUGUGUAGCACACGAUCAAGAGGCGCUAAACGUAAGCGUUUUUGCCCGUGUGGCUGUGCUGACACGUUACUGAAGAGCGUCCUCGUGGGGCCCACUUUGACCCGGUGGAUGAAGCUUUCAGGUCUGGUUACGGAGCCCUGGAUGUCCGUCUCUGGAUCUUUCUAGCCGUCUUUGUGCUCAUCAGGGUGUCCACACUCCCUCUCCCACCAGUGGUCUGUUUUUGGUGCGCGUUAAGAAGGUAAGAAUAAAACACAGUUUAGAAAUACAUCAGCUUAAAAACCACCGCCUGAUGGCGUUUGCUAACCUUGCUGCCACGUCUGCCCGAUUGACGGAGUCUCAGGCCCCUCUAGAAGCUCUGCUGACGUGGGGAGGUCUUUUCUCUCGUCGAUUUUAAGGGACAUGUGUUCCCGCUUGAACCUCUCUGACACUGGGAUGUGUCCUACGGUCAAUGGCAUCUUACGCUGAUUUUUUUCUUUCUCCUAAAAGGGUUCAUCUUAACGAUAAAUUACAUCAGGUUCUAGAUUCGAUGGUUUGUGGUAAAUGAUACUGGUCGUGGAAUUCAGGAAAGUCACUGUCCUUGUCGUUUCCAUUGCCAUGCAGCCAGGAGCUCCCAUGUCAUCUUCCUCUGGAGAAAACCAAGGAAACGUCUUUUGUCUUUGCAGGUUUUCAUUGAUAGACCACAAGCAGGUCUUCCACCCUCAGCUCUCUGACUGCAGAAGGCUGCACUGGCUCAAUGACCUGUAAGGGCCGUGCCAGCACUUCCAUCCUGUCUGUCCCCAAGGCCUUGCCUUAGUAGAACUUGGGCUCCGUGUGCAGCUGUCGGUGUGCCAGGCCUCCUUACUGCUGAAGGUCUCCUUGUCUGCGAUGGACAGGGUCACCUAGCGGCACACAUGCCCUGGAAGCAUGAAUGACGGCAAGAGUACCCGAAACCUGUACCAGCAAUGCACCGCCACGGCCCCCAGGCUGCUGGCGCAAAUCUCCAGGCUGCUCCUCGUCUGCCGGAACGCCGGCAUCUCUGUACCCAAGGGCAUCAGAAACAUCUUUGAGUUCACCUGGGAGGAGCUGAUCACCGACCCCAUGAUCCCCACCCCAUCUGACAUCCUGGGCCUGGAGAUCAGCAUUGGAGCCCCGCCCAUGAUGCUUGUGGAACCAGCCCCCGUGCAGGCCCCCACGCAGAAGAAGCCACCCCCGCCGGUGCUCCCGCUGCCGAAGCUGUCCGCAUCCGCGGGGCCGGCCAAGUUCCGCACCCACUCUCACAGCCACAGCCACAGCCACAGCCACCGGGCGGCCUCCAGCCAGGAGACCCUGCGCAGGUUCCAGCGGCAGUCCAUCCACCUGCUGACAGAGCUCCUCACCCUGAAGAUGAAGGCCAUGGUGGAGUCCGUGUCAGUAGACGCCAACCCCCUGGACAUUACGAGGCGCUUUGUGGAGGCCAGCCAGCUCCUCCACCUCAAAGCCAAGGAGAUGGCUUUCGACUUCCUGAUUGGCACCGUCGGAAAAGGUGGCUCUGGAGUUGCACAGAUGAGGAAAGAGUCUCCCACGAACAUCCCCGCCAUGGGCGUGAACUCGCCGUACCAGCUGGUCUACGAGUCCUCUACUGGCUGCCUGAGCUUCUCCCUCUCAACCGGGAAGGAAGGCAAGAAGAAAACAGGCAAAUUCAAGAACAUGGAAGAAGUAGGCCUCACAUCCCUACAACGUGGGACAGGACCCUCUGCCUCUGACAUUGUCGAGCUCAGCGACCCCUGCCCCGAAGCCCGGGAGAAGCUGCAGGAGUUGUGUCGCCUUAUAGAAGCUGAAAAGAUCUCGUGGAAGGGGAGUAAUGUCUUCUACCCCAUGGUCUUACGCAACUACAGGACUAAGAUACCCUCUCAUCUAGCGUCGAACCUCAGAGGGGACGCUCAGAACCCGAGCUCCCAGCACCCGCACCCCGUGGGCGCUCAGCCCCCCACCCCCAGCCCCCAGCCGCCCCCCGCCCACCACCUGCACUCGGGCCAGCGCUCUCAGGAGUGGAUGGGCAAGAAGCCCAUCAAGCUGCACUACUCCUUCUACGACGGCUCCUCCUUCGUGUACUAUCCGUCCGGAAACAUCGCCGUGUGUCAGAUCCCCACGUGCUGCAGAGGGAGAGCCAUCACCUGCCUCUUUAACGACACGCCCAGCUUCUCCUUCCUGGCCAUGUUUAAUGCUGAAGGCCAGGGCUGCGUUCACUACAACCUGAAGUCCCGCUGCCCGUACGUCUUGGUCUUGGAUGAGGAAGGUGGGACCACCAACGACUACCAGGGCUACGUCGUCCACAAGUGGAGCUGGAGCUCUAAGACAGAGACCUUGCUGUCCCUGGAAUACAAGGUGAACGAGCAGAUGAAGCUGACGGUGCUAGGCCAGGACUCCAUCACGGUCACCUUCACCUCCCUGAACGAGACAGUGACACUCCCUGUAUCUGCCAACAACUGUCCCCACGGGAUCCCCCACGAUAAGCGGUUGGCCCGCCGAAUCAGCAUCAUGGACGAAAAGAUGUCUAAGGUGAGCCGGGCCCUGGUGGAGAUCAAGAGGCGGUUUCAGAAGACCGUGUCCCGCUUCAUGAAUUCCAUCCUGUUGGCGGCAGGCCUGUUAACCAUUGAAUAUCCAGUAAGGGAAGAGGCGGAAGUCAGUCAAGCCAGGUUAAAAUCUGGGCCCAUUCCCGAGCGAGGCAACAAGCUAAGUUUAUACUCGGGAGAAAUCCUUUUAUUACAAUCCCAGUCAGUCCGACCUGAGUCCUUGAUUGAAGAGUCUUCGAAAGAAGAGCCUGGGUCGGCUCCUGUGAGCCCCGCUCGGAAGAAGACCUUCAAAGUCCAAGCCAAGGCCAUGGUCACAGCCAGAGGGAAGGCCGCAGAGAUGCGCAGCCCCACCAGGUGGGCAGCCUCGCCCUCAGACUGCCCACUGGUGCUGCGGAAGCUCAUUCGCAAGGAAGACGUCCGGGCAGGCUGCAGGUGCAUGGUGAGGGCGCCCCAGGUGUCCGACGUGGAGCUGGAGCGCUUCCUGUCGGCGCCCCGUGACCCCAGCCAGGUGCUGGUGUUCGGGAUAGUGUCGGGCCAGAACCCCUCCAGUUCAGGGCAGCUGCAGUGGCUGCUGGACACGCUCUACAACCACCAGCAGCAGGGCCGCGCCUCGCCCUGCAUUCAGUGCCGGCAUGACCCCUACCGCCUGCUGCGGUACGACCUGGACAGCCCCCUGCAGAGGGACCCGCCCUUGAUGGUGAAGAAGUACGGGGUGAUACAGGGGAUGGUUCUGAUGUUCGCUGGGGGCAAGCUCCUCUUUGGGGGCUGCGUUCUGAAUGGAUAUGGCGUCAGCAGGCAGAAUCUGCUGAAACAGAUCUUCCAGGCUCAACAGGACUGCAAGAUGGGCUACUUCCUGCCAGAGAACUACAAGUUUAGCGUUUCGACCUCCAUCCCAGACCUGGAAGACUGUGACUCACCCAAAAAAGCAGUGUCAGGAGACAUCCAAGGAAGCGUCUCCUCAUUGGCCUUGGGAGACAAGAUGGAAGAGUCUUCCCUUAAAGCUGAGAAAAUGCAGCAGCCUGAAGUGGACCUGCAUCUUCUCAGCAAAGCCAGGAACAGCAAUAAGAAAGCUCCCUGGAAAAAACAGGCCUCCAAGAAGUGAUGCCGCCCCCUCGGCCGGCCCGAGCUCUGGCCUGGAUGCAGCCCCUUCUGUGCGCCCCCCGGUCUCCUGCCUCUUCUCUGAGCUCUGCCAAAUAAAUACGCCUGCCUCCAGCGUCUGGGUGAGGCUGUGGUCUAGGCUGGCCCCUACAAGACCAGAGGCUCCCGACAAUCCUGUUCCAGGCCGAGGCCUCGGAAAUGUGGUUCCUUCAACCCGGAGCUUCCUCUGUGGCCGCUGAAGUCAGUCUGAGAAUGCCCCACUGCCAAGGAAGUGAAGGUCUCCAGGGGGGCAAGCCAGUGACACACUAGCUCUGGUGAGGUCCCGGAUGUGCCCUCCCUCCCUUGGCUGGGUGCGGAAAGGCUCGGAUUGCGGUCCAGGAGGAGAACAGGGUGAGUGGGCGAGGCAGGAGCAGAGAGUGCAAGAAAGCCAGGUGAGGGGAGGAAAGACAAAAGGAGAGGUGAGAGCGAUGGGGAGAGAGUGUGGGGGGAGGGAGGGGGGGCAUGGCGUGGGGUGGAAGGGCAGUGACAGGCCACGCCCAGGGCCCCCCGGUGGCACUGCGAGAGCCAGAGCCUCUGUGGCCCGGGUGUGCCAACAUCCCUGUUGAGCCCAAACUCAGUGCCCUUUGCAGAUUAGACGCCCCACCCCACCCCGAGCUGCCAGCCUGAAGAGUCCUUACUAGCAUCACGGGGCCCAGAGAUGGCAGCCCCCCUGGUGUGCCGACACCUCAGCGAGGCACAUGUCACACCAGCUCUGGGCCCACCUGUCUGGGGUCCCAAGAGCCACUUCCCAGCUUGGCAAGGACCUCAGAGGGUCUGCCUUGCUCUGCAGGCCGGGGAGUGAGAAACUUCAGGCCCUGGUCCGUGGGCAGCGUUGGGCACACUUAACUACUUGUGCUCCCUCUGUAAACACAUGCUUUUUUAACUCAAAUUCUUUGAUGUUUAAUUUUUAUCCUCUGUAUCAUAUGAAGACCUUUUUUUGAAUUAUACAUUUGUCCCCCUA